GUGUCCGCAUCAGUGCAUAUCAAAUCAAUAUUGCAGUCCCCUUCCCGGUGAACAAACACCGGGGGCCGCCCGCGCGGGCGGCCGGGCAUCGCAAAAAUCGAGAUGCAGUACCUUUGCGACCUGUUUUCUCGAUUCCAAGGGGUUGCAGCUCCGCGCAGCCGCUGCGCGGCCUGUUGGCGGCCGAGGACGUCGAUUUCGAGAAUCAAAAGUGAGAUUCUCGAGCGCCCGAAAAUCCCGCACCGCCCCGCCCGACAAUCGCGACAACCGACACCAACGACAACAACAAGCUGCAACAAGUUUGCGAGAUUAGGGGGAUACUGGGUACGAAAACCACCCGACUCUUUCGACGUUCUGAAGAAGAGACAGGGCACCCCCGGCCCUGCCCGGUUCUGGGGGAGCGGAAUCAAGAGUCUGGCGGCGCGACCGACCAGUGCGACGAAGCUACGAGGACCGGAGCGAAAGCUGUUGUACGAUUCCGAUUGCAAGAGUUGUUAAUCGACCGAGGAGACGGAGAGUAACGGGUUCGUUAAGGAAGGCACACGGGCGGCCGGCUCUCCUGCAAGGCGCUUUGCCCUCUUGACAAACAGCACACUACAAGAGGAGGAACUACAAUGGUGGAUCAGGGCUGGUUAGUGGCAGUGCGACC